CGUAUCUGUAUGUGUUUCUGUCUUUGUACGUUUUCCUGAUCUAAAUACAGAUACGUUCUAUCAAAAAAAAAAUUGAUGCGACUAUGCGAGUAGAUCGAAAAUCGCGGCGGCGGCGGACUCGACUGUAGCAGCGACCACUGCGGACAAGAUGGCGGCGGCGUUAUCGCAGCUGGAUGACGAGAUCGUCCACGGCAUGGCCAUCGGCGCGGUCUUCACCGAUUACGCCGGGAAAAUAAACUGCCUCGAUUUCCACCGCAAGGAGGAUCUCCUCGUCACCUCCAGCGAGGACGACUCCAUACGCCUCUACAACAUCACUAGCGCUACGUUGCUAAAGACUACAUAUCAUAGGAAACAUGGUGCUGACCGUGUCUGUUUUACUCAUCAUCCGAGUUCUAUCUUAUGCUCAUCAAGAUACAAUCUAGAGUCUGCAGAGUCACUCCGUUAUCUGUCAUUGUAUGACAACCGUUGCUUAAGAUACUUCAAAGGGCACAAAGACAGGGUUGUCUCAUUAUGUAUGUCACCCGUCAAUGAUAGCUUUAUGUCAGGAUCACUUGAUCACAGUGUCAGAAUAUGGGAUCUUCGUGUAAAUGCUUGUCAGGGCAUACUAAGACUUCGAGGCAGGCCUUCUGUUGCAUAUGAUCAGCAAGGACUUGUUUUUUCUGUAGCAAUGGAAGGGGGAGCUAUUAAGUUAUUUGAUUCCCGAUCAUAUGAUAAGGGUCCAUUUGAUACUUUCUUGGUUGGCGGAGAUACAGCUGAAGUUUCUGACAUCAAAUUUAGCAAUGAUGGCAAGUCUAUGCUUUUGACAACCACUAACAACCAUAUCUAUGUUCUGGAUGCAUAUGGAGGGGACAAGAAGUGUGGCUUUAGUUUAGAACCAUCUCCCAAUGUAACAAAUGAAGCUGCUUUCACUCCAGAUGGCCAGUAUGUAAUUUCAGGAUCUGGUGAUGGAACACUGCACGCUUGGAACAUCAAUACAGUACAAGAGAUUGCUUGUUGGAACAGUCAUAUUGGUCCUAUCACAGCUUUGAAGUGGGCCCCUCGUCGAGCAAUGUUUGCAACUGCAUCAACUGCCCUAACCUUCUGGAUUCCCAGCCAAUCGAAUUAGGUUUAGGUGCCUGGAAAAAAGGGGGAAUUUCAGAUAUGCUGACUUAGCAAAUGUUUAUAUCUUGUUCUUUGGUGUAAAAGGCAGCCAUCAUGUAUGAAAUAUCACUUGUUUUAUUACCAUCUGCGGAAACAAUGACAUAGUUCCAAGCAGAUACUUGUAGUAUGGUUAUAUUGUUAACGCACAUAAAGUUGUCUGCAUCAUUUACCCCCAUACUGACAGUCUCUGGACUUCUGCAUCAUCCGAGCUGAAGAAGACUAGAAGAAGCACCUAAGGCUGUAACACAUUCACUUGGUUCCUUAUUGGGAUCACUAAUAUAACAUGGACAUGUUGGAGAAUCAUUUUAAUUUAUUCCGUAGAGUGAGAAGUAAUGUUUGUUGCUCAAGCUCCUGGGGUUUAGGUUUUGUAAAGUUCCCUCCUGUAAUGAAACUUUUGUUUCCACUACACUUUUUUCCAAUAAAGUUCAUACAAGAUGCCGGCA